GAACGACAGACGAACGCCCAAGGAACGACGCCCGCGAGCAAGAAAUCCGCCGUCCGCCGGCCGGUCACUGGCCUUCGCCGACGACUGCCUUCCACCGUUUGUACACAUCCGUCAAAGAAGCGAGAGCCGAAAAAAUCUUCUGGAUCGCAAAUUCUCCGCUCGUCUUUGAGAUUUUUCUCCGUUGUUCUGAAGGGUGUCCGGGGCAUCAUCCAUCACCGCCCGUCUCCAAGUUUCUAAAGGCGCAGCAGUUGCUGCGCUCUGCAGCUUCGACCCACCGGCGACGAAUUUCUUGGGAUUUCCUGUUCUCAGUUCGAUCGAGGGUGUUCCUGGUCAUGGCAUCUACCAGUAUGGCGAGAAACUGGGCAGAGCUCCCAGAAGAGUUGUUACAACUAUGCUCCCAGCGCCUUUGUCCGAAGAACUUAUUGGCGUUCCGAGCAGUGUGCCGCUCGUGGCAAUCUGCUGCUGUCAAAGAGAGGAGUGACGUCCCGUGGUUGAUGCUCACGAACAAAAGGGGGAUGCCGUGGUGUGAGUUUUUCUGCCUCUCGUGUGAGCAGGUUCACAAAAAGCUCUUUCCAGAAGUGAUGGCGAAUGGAUAUAUCUCUUCGCGAGGUUGGGUGUUGAUGACCAGCAGACACGGGGAAUUCCAAGUGCUAAAGAAUCCCAUGUCGUGUUACAGUCAUAUUAUUAAGCUUCCCAAUUGGAAUAAGUUCCCCAACAUCGAAGAUUUGCCUUUCUUUUAUGUUGGAUUCAUCCGUAAGUUCAUCCUAUCCGAUAGCCCUACUACAUCACCAGAUUACAAGGUCAUGGUCAUCUAUGACAUUGGACAGUUAGGGCUUUGGAAACCCGGUGAAGAGGAGUGGACAGCGGUGAACGCCCCCCUGGAUGAAUUUUUCGAUGUCAUAUAUUAUAAGGGGUCCUUUGUUGCUGUCGAUUAUGAGCAAAGGAUAUUGAGGUGCGAUGUGGAUGGACCAACUCCAUUUGAGGCUCAAGUAGUUUUCCAGAUGCCACAAAGACUCCAAGAAUUUGAGCAUGAGUAUCCCUCAGGAUCCCUUUGGGAUUUGGAUCAAGUGUAUCUAGUGCAAUCAACGACAGGAUCUCUGUUGUUUGUGUCACAAUGGGAGCAACUAAGAUCUACCAUAACCUUUCGAUUCCGUGUUCUCGAGAUUGACCUGGAUACUCAAACGUGCACAGAAGUUGAGAACUUGGAGAACACCUCCCUCUUCUUGGGCCACAAUUCUUCUUUCUCUUUGGAGGUCGAUGAAGAUCAUCUCAUCAAGCCGAAUUGUAUUUAUUUUACUUACUUUCGUCUCUCAUUGUCCCAGUCUAGUGACACAGGCAUGGGAAUAUACCACCUCAAAGAUGGUACAGUCGAGCUGCAUUUCAAGGGGAAGUCUUCUCCUUCACUUUGGAUCGAACCAUGCUUUUAAGCCGUAGCUUAAAUGUUUGGCUUGUUAUCACUGAUGAAUUGAGCAGAUUAGUGGAAUGACAAGCUCUUUAGAUGCCCGGUUGAUACAGAAAGUUAGCAAUUCAUUUUAUAAGCAUGAAAUUGUUAGGUCAUUGGAGGUAAAAUUAUACUGAAAUCUGAAUUUGUGCUUUCGAUGCUUCGAAUUUUACACCUGGUAAUGUCGUUUGGGUGUUUGCUA